UGUUGUACACAGGGGCAAAAGGACUGGGUCUCAUACACAGGGGUAAGGAUAGUGACACUGUGUGACAGACCCUCAGGGGGAGUGACAGAAGAAUCCAUACACAGAGUGUAGUGACAGAGGGACACAUAGACAGGUAGAGUGUAGUGACAGAGGGACACAUAGGUAGAGUGUAGUGACAGAGGGACACAUAGGUAGAGUGCAGUGACAGAGGGACACAUAGGAAGAGAGGCCACUGAGAUAGGGACACUUGAGAUAUAUUAGUGCCCCUUAGUCACAGGAGUAGGUGACAGGGAGGUCCACACUGUGAUUAGGAGUGGGCUACUCAGUGACAAGGAGGAGAGGCCUUCACAGUGACACACAAGCCUUGUGACACCUGGAUACAACUCACAAAAGUACAGUGAUUGUGUGAAUUCCGUUUUAAAGGUUUCCCAUCAUGGCCCAGCAGCUUCUUUCUCGUGCCCUAGUGUCCCCCAAAUUGCUCCUGGAUGCUCUUCGCCCCGGCUCUGCUCUCUCUGGAACGCUCCGUAUUCUGGAUGCCUCCUGGCAUCUGCCCAAGUCUGGACGAGAUGGGUGGAGGGAGUACAAGGAGCGGCAUAUACCGGGCUCCUACUUCUUUGAUAUUGACGCCUGCAGUGACCGCACCUCACCUUAUGAUCACAUGCUGCCCAGUGCCGACCAGUUUGCUGAAUAUGCCGGCCGGCUGGGAGUCUCAAACAGCAGUCACGUGGUGGUCUAUGAUGCCAGUGACUUUGGUUCCUUCAGUGCCCCCCGGCUCUGGUGGAUGUUCAGGGUGUUUGGACAUCCUCAUGUGUCAGUACUUGACGGGGGAUUGAAAGCCUGGCUGAGGGAGGGAUACCCGGUGAAAUCUGGCAAGGAACUUAAACCACAACUGGUAGAAUUUCGGGGACAACUGGACUCCUCUCAAGUAAUUGGGCAUGAAGAGAUUGAAGAGAAUAGAGAAAAAAAGAAGUUCCAGUUGGUUGAUGCCAGAGUAGAAGGGAGAUUCAGAGGCUUAGACCCAGAGCCCAGGGAAGGUAUUGAACCAGGGCAUAUACCUGGUGCUGUCAGCCUCCCUUUCCCCAGCUUGUUAACAGAAGAUGGCUAUGAGAAAUCUCCAGAUGAACUCCGACGUCUAUUCCAGGAGAAGGGCAUUGAUCUGUCUCGUCCAUUAGUAGCCACUUGCGGGUCUGGGGUUACCGCCUGCCAUAUUGCUUUGGCCUCUUUUCUCUGCGGCAAAGAAGACACAGCCAUCUAUGAUGGUUCCUGGGUUGAGUGGUACAUGAGAGCCAAGCCUGAGGAUGUAGUGUCAGAAGAGAGAGGGAAGACCUUGUGAUGGUCUUCUGCAAUAGUGUGAAGAUCUCUGUAUAGACAUUAGUGGCUUACUUCAGUAUUUGCACAUUCCGUUG